CGCUUCGGUGUUUUCUUAGCGGAAAUAACGGUGGCUGACCCCAAACCCAAUCCAAAACACUCCCGAGAGGAAAAGAAAAAGGAAGAAGGAAGCACGAAAGGCAAAAGAAAAGAAAAAAAAAUCCGAGAACAAAUGUUGCAGAGACCUAGACGACGUUGCGAAGGCACCGCCAUGGGCGCCAUCGUUCUCGAUCUCCGGCCCGGUCUCGGCAUCGGACCUUUCACUCUCGGGAUGCCGAUAUGUGAAGCAUUUGCUCAAAUAGAACAACAGCCUAAGAUUUACGAUGUCGUUCAUGUGAAGUUAUAUGAUGAGGAGCCUCUUAAACAGGAUAUUGUCAUAAGCUUUCCGGAUCAUGGUUUUCAUCUUCGUUUUGACCCUUGGUCCCAGGUGUUAUUUUCGAGAUUACGCCUUAUUGAAAUUUUCGACAUCAAACGUCUUCAAAUGCGCUAUGCCACUUCUUUGAUUGGGGGACCAUCUACUCUUGCUACUUUUGUAGCUGUCUAUGCACUUUUUGGUCCGACCUAUCCUGGAAUAUAUGACAAGGAUAGAGGUGUUUAUACCUUAUUCUAUCCGGGUCUGUCAUUUGCUUUUCCAAUCCCAAGUCAGUAUACAGAUUGCUGCCAUGAUGGAGAAGCGGAAUUGCCUUUGGAGUUCCCAGAUGGCACCACUCCAGUUACCUGCCGUGUAUCCAUAUAUGAUACUUCAGAAGGCAAAAAAGUUGGUGUUGGCUCCUUAAUGGAUAAGGCUUCUGCUCCUCCAUUACCUGCUGGCAGCCUGUACAUGGAAGAGGUGCAAGCCAAGCUUGCAGAAGAAUUGUUUUUCACUGUUGGAGGCCAGCAUAUUCCUUUCGGUGCAUCACCACAAGAUGUCUGGACUGAAUUAGGGCGCCCUUGUGGAAUCCAUCAAAAGCAGGUUGACCAAAUGGUUAUUCACUCUGCUUCUGAUCCUCGUCCUCGGACAACUCUAUGUGGUGAUUAUUUCUACAAUUAUUUUACUCGUGGAUUGGAUAUCUUAUUUGAUGGCCAGACUCAUAAAAUCAAGAAGUUUGUUUUACACACGAACUAUCCUGGUCAUGCAGAUUUUAAUUCAUAUAUAAAGUGCAAUUUUGUUAUCCUAGUUGGGGGGUCCUUCCCGGAUGUGAAUAACUACAAAAACAGAAUUACUCCAAGCACCAAAUGGGAGCAGGUGAAGGAAAUCCUUGGGGACUGUGGCCGAGCAGCUAUACAAACACAAGGUUCCACAAGCAAUCCUUUUGGCUCUACUUUGGUGUAUGGCUAUCAGAAUGUUGCAUUUGAGGUUAUGAAGAAUGGCUAUAUUGCAACGGUGACACUUUUCCAGUCCUGAUGACCAUGUCUGGUCUGAUAGGUUCUUCCUCUGCAUCCAAGCUGGUGGAUGUGUACAGUUGUGGAACCACAAGUAUUGUUUGUACACGACAUGGGGAAGCAAUGAUAAUUGUACAGUGAUGUGUUGAUUUGUAUAGUUGAUUUAUGCUGUAGAAUACAUUGACCGUGUAACUUAUGUAAAUUAUUAUUCCUUUUAAGAGGAUAACACAUUGUUUGUUUCA